AUGGAUGCCCUGCUCAAGAACGUUGUGCUGAUUGGCGCUAGUGGUAACCUUGGAGUCAACAUCCAAGACCAUUUUCUAUCUCAAAAGGACUCGCCACUACACGUGUCCGUCUUAACGAGGAAGGAUUCUGAGGCCAAAUUCCGUACUGGCUUGAAUAUCAUCGCCACAGACUACAGCUUUGAGUCACUUGUUAAAAGCUUGCGAGGACAAGAUGUUGUCAUCAUGCUGCUCCCACCAGAGUCCACCGUCGACCAUGAGACUGUCAUUGACGCAGCUGUCAAGGCAGGCGUUAAGCGUUUCUUUCCUUCUGAGUACGGAGUCAGGACCUACUACCCAGCUUUUGCUGAAAAUAUGUUGCUCGCUACCAAGAAAAGAUCUAUUGUCAAACAUCUAGAGAAAACCCAGGAUACGAUGAGCUGGACUGCUAUCUUGUGUAAUCCUUGGGUCGACCACUGCGUCAUUGAUGGACUUCUAGGAUUUGACAUGAAGGAACAGAAAGUACGUAUCUACAAUGGUGGCAAUGUUCCCAUGUCUACGGGUACCCGUAACCUAGCUGCCCAGGCUCUCUAUUCGCUCAUCACCAACCCACAGCGGAUGGAUGAGGCAAAGAAUAUGUACAUCCACGUCGCAUCUUACACAGUUACGCAAAAUGAGAUCCUGGCCGUGGUGGAGAAGUUAACAGGCGAGAAGUGGCAGAUCGAGAACGUCACCUCGAAGGAAGUCAUGCCAAAGGCUUUGGCAGAUGUCAGAAAGGGCUUAAACUGGGGUCUGGGCUACCAGGUCCAGGCGAUUCUCUUCGACUACGGCUCAGAUGGUGAAGCAAUCGGCGAUUUCCGCCCGCUGGGAAUAUGGAAUGAGAAACUUGAUCUGCCCAAAACUACUUUGGAAGAUGAUCUAAGAGGCCCUCUUUCGGGCGAAUGGAAGGGAAUUGUUCACUGGCAACCUGAUGAGCUUCCGAACUAUGAACUCAAAAAAAAUUAA